AUGGAGAAAGCAACAACUGCCCAGAAGCUUCCCGAAGAUCACAUGGCUAAAGGUCAGAACGAUAAAAUGACCAUAAAGCAGUGGAACAGUGCGUUCAGCAGCAUGGGCCGCGAGUUCAAGUCAUUCCCUGUCAAGAACUACAAGAAACCGUAUACUCCUCAGGCCGAUAUGGGUAUUGGACCCGUGAAUUACGACGUCACGUUUCUUGAGGCGCGUCUCUGCAAGAGAUCGAUCUUGAUCCUCAACGAACUGGUGAAGGUCGAAAAGAAGUUGGGUGAUGUUUGGCUCAAGGCCGAAGCCACACUUCUCUUCUCAAAGUAUGGCAAGGAGGAUCCGAUCAGUUGGCUGCCCGCUGCACAGAGACUCGGCAUCCGAAGAGAUAUGCGACGGUUGACUGCAGGCUUUGUCAAGAGGCUUCGGAUUGCAGAUCAUGACGAUGCCGGCGUCCAUGCAAUCUUCGAGUUACUGGAGGAUUCUGACAGCCGUGCUGAACGCUAUGGUGGUGAGAACCCUGCAACCAUCGCCUUGAUUUCAAGCCUUGCUCCUCGAGGCCCACGAAUCCCAGGUCCGUUUGGAACCGUCAUCUAUCCAAUCGUCCAUCGGAAUUUCACUGAGGCUGGAAUUGCAUCGAUCUUGAAAGAGGAUACAAUCCAGCGUGUCCGCGCCAAUGCAGCCAAGCGCCUUGUGAUCAAGAUGUUAUUCAACAAGUCAAAGAACGAAGCAAAGGAUGGGGAGCAGGAUGUCACCGUAGAGGGAGGAGACAAGUCGGCUCACGCCACAGAACCUACCCAAAGCAUGGCCGAGAAAAUGAUCAAUUGCCUGCAUUUGCAUUUGAACUAG